UGUAGAAUAUGGGAAUGCAAACCAAGUUAGUGACAUUACUUCAACAAGUGGACUUUUGGCUGACCAUAAUGCAGUUGGAGUAAACACUGGGGGAGAUCCAAAUAAUUGCACUAGUAUUAAUUCAUACAUUGUGCCUUCCACAAGUAAUCCUUAUGGCUGUCAACAAACCUCCCAGAAUGGAGCGUCCGUUGCUCCCCUUGGAGUUCAGAAAAAAAUUGUGCGUGCUCAAGCAACCAAACUGCUGGACACCUACCAGUUCAACUUUAUUCGGGCAUACGAGUGUUUCACCCACAAGAAUCACACUUGCUUGGUGUUUGAGAUGCUAGAACAAAACUUGUAUGACUUUCUGAAACAGAACAAAUUCAGUCCUCUUCCUUUGAAAUACAUCCGUCCCAUCCUACAACAAGUGCUUACAGCUCUGCUGAAGUUGAAGCAACUCGGACUAAUCCAUGCUGAUCUUAAACCAGAAAAUAUCAUGUUGGUGGAUCCUGUACGCCAUCCUUUCAGGGUGAAGGUGAUCGACUUUGGCUCAGCUAGCCACGUUUCAAAAGCUGUGUGCUCAACAUAUCUUCAGUCACGAUAUUACAGGGCUCCUGAAAUUAUUCUUGGCCUGCCAUUCUGUGAAGCAAUUGAUAUGUGGUCCUUAGGCUGUGUGAUAGCUGAACUUUUUCUGGGGUGGCCUCUUUACCCUGGGUCUUCUGAGUAUGACCAGAUAAGAUAUAUCAGUCAGACACAAGGAUUGCCAGCAGAACACAUGUUGAACAAUGCCACAAAGACUACUCGUUUUUUUUACAGAGAAACAGACAGCAACUAUCCUUUCUGGAGAUUAAAAACCCCAGAAGAACAUGAAGCAGAAACUAACAUUAAGUCUAAAGAAGCUAGAAAAUAUAUCUUUAACUGUCUUGAUGACAUGGCACAGGUAAAUGUGCCAACUGAUUUAGAAGGUGGAGAAUUGCUAGCCGAAAAGGUAGAUCGAAGAGAGUUCAUCGACCUUCUCAAAAGAAUGUUAACUUUAGACCAGGAAAGAAGAAUUACCCCUGGUGAAGCUUUAAAUCAUAAUUUUGUCUCUCUCAACCACCUUAUGGAUUAUGCACAUUGUAACAAUGUGAAGGCUUCAGUUCAGAUGAUGGAAGUUUGUCGCAGAAACAGACAUGCAUAUGACCAGAAUGGUAACCAAGUGCCAAUAAUGAGUAACUUUGGUUCUUCAUCCAGUAAUGUAGCUAUUACAUUCAAUAAUCAACUGAGUAACCUGCAGAAUCAGUACCAGCUACAACCAACAAGUUUUUAUCAGCCUGCCCAUCAGGUGGCACAGCCACAACAGAUGAACAUUCCUCAACAACAGUCACAGGCAAGAGUCAAUGGAGUUACUGCAGUACAGGGAAACCAGUAUGUUGCUUCUGCUGCCCGUGCUGCCGAUCCUUUCCAACAGGCUUCUCAGUCUCUUUGUGUCUCCUCUAUUUUGUGCCCUCCUUAUCAAGGGCUAAACUCACCAGCAAAGCACAUGGUACCAAUGGUUGCUCAGGCAGCCCAGGCUCUACAGAUACAACCAUCCCUGCUUACUCAGGUGGGAACACAGCAGUACGUGCCAGUUUCUGUGGUUGAGCAGAACGGGAGGCAGAUGCUUCUGACAAAUGCUGUGCAGUCAGGUUGGGGAGCUAAUCGUCAGAUGUUUGUUCCAUCUUGGCAACAACUUCCAACCCAGCGAACCAUCCAGCAACAAGUAUUGUCAGACUCGGAGGUGUGGAGCCGAUCACUAGUUCUUGAAAGAGCAGCAUUGUUACCUGAGCAGGCUGCUGUCAUACCUGUGGAAAUUGGGCCUCAUAGAAUCAAGGACAAUGACAUUAUUGCUGUAUCAAUUAUUAGGACUGGGAAGGAGAAAGAGAUUAGUAGCACCCAACUGUCACCUGUGAAGAAACGUGUCAAGGAAGGAACUCCUCCUAAAUGGGAUUCGUUACCCCAGAGUCACAAAGGCUCUAGCACUUACCAUUCAAACAAAGUGGUUACUAGUAGUGGCAGUAAUGUACGACGCUCGAGCCCACAUCUUGGGGGAGUGCAAUGGUCUAAUGAAGUGAAGUCGGGAAAAAAUGCUUCAUCAGUCACUUCUGUCUGUAGGAACAAGAAAGUAAUGUACUCUCCAGAACAUCAACAGACCAUUGUGAUCAGAGAUACGCCAAGUCCUGCAGACAGUGUGGUGAUACUGAGCUCGGAUUCCGAGGAUGAAAAUGAGAGUCCCACUUGCUGUACAAACAAAGACUUGGUUCAAGAUAGAGGCCCUCUAGUGAAUGUCAAGAAUCUUGUUCACAAAACAUCAACUUUAGGUCCCUCAUCAGUUGCUGCCACAACUUGUGCCAGUGUUCUUCCAUUAACACCAGAGUCUGAAGCUGGAAUCUACAGCUUGCAGUCCACACCAAGACAAGCCCAUCUUUCUUUACCUAACAAGCCUCGAGGAAAUGGAAGCUAUCACUCUCGAAAGAAUGUUGUUAGCUGCGUUACAGUCCCAGACUCGGACUCGGAUGGCCACUACAGCCCAGUUCGAAAUUUACCAAAUUUCACAUCAAACGUUGUUGUGAAAGUAAUCAAACCAGAGCCACACAGAGAUAGAGACAACCUCCCACUAACAACUACUCAAAAGAAGCGACUUCUGGCUAAGGCUCAGGCACACUCCCACAGCCAGUUAGUUUCUCAAUCAGAUAUCUUACCAACGUUUCCCACAAAACGAGAAGUCAGCAGUGUGGGGGAAGAAGAGCAGAUACCUAUUGCUAUGAUUCAUCAGAAACAAAAUGUUGGAAACCAUGGACAGGGGUCAGGAGUAGGAAGAAUGGACUAUUGUGGUCAGUAUGGAAUAGGUAGAAGUGAAAGGGAGCUUCCACACUACACUCGUCAUCAGGUACAGAACUUGGAAGGAGAGCGCCUGCUUAAAUGUUCAGGAUCACCUGUUCUCAUGAGAGAUGGGGUAAGCAAUAUUCUUCUGAAGUGUUUCAGAUGUAGCUAAGUGU